CCUUCACACCACGAUCUCUCUUGUCUUCUCGGUACUCUCAACCCCCACAACUUCCGAUCUUCACCUUCACGGCCUCUCUUAACUAGCUCCGCUGCCCCCUGCCUGUCUACCUACCUCCAUCAAGCUAUAUAUCCAUCCACAAAACCAUCAUGACCAACACUUCCCCUUCUUCGCGCAAGUCACGCAUUGCGAGCGCUGCAAAUGUCAUGUACACCAAUGCCGUCUACUGGCCAAACCACAGGCUCUACAACGGAGACACUCCCGGUGCCCUCAACUACGGCUGUAUCAACCGUGUCUACUACGCCUUCGCCAACGUGACGGCCGACGGAGGAGUGUUUCUCAGCGACGAGUGGGCCGAUGCUACGGCGCCUUGCGAUGGCGUCCAAGGUGCCCUGGGCUCCUUGAUGCAUCUCAAACAGAGAUAUCCUCAUCUCCAAGUCGUUCUAUCCAUUGGCGGCGGCGCGUCCUCCGAGACAUUCCCUAUUGUGGCGGCCAAUACCAUCUUGCGAGACAACUUUGCCCGGUCCGCCCGCGGCCUAGUAGAGGCGUCUGGCCUGGAUGGCAUCGACAUUGUUUGGGAAUACCCAUGCUCGCCCCAACAAGGCAACGACUUCCUGGCCUUGUUGGCCGCAAUCCGCAUUCACCUCCCCGAGGAUCGCUAUUUGCUCACGGCCGCCCUCCCGGCGGCGAAACCAAUCUUGCAAAACAUCGAUUGCCGCGGGGCGGCUGAGUAUCUGGACGUCAUCAACCUGAUGGCCUAUGACUUCUUCGGCCCCUGGACCAUCCGGAGUGGCCACCAAGCCCAGCUCUACGCAAUGAGCAAGGACGAGCCGUCGGGAUCUUCGGGCGUGCAGUUUUUAAUGGCCUCUGGCGUUCCAGCCAAAAAGAUACUCCUUGGUAUCCCACUCUUUGGAAGGAGCUUUCUCGGCGUGACCGGCCCCGGCCACAAAUUCCGUGCCACUGGAGGGGAAGAGGGGUCCUUCGAGUACAACACACUCCCUAGGAGGGGGACCAAGGAGCAAGUCGACAAACGUGCUGUUGCAGCACAAUGCGUUGGUGGAGACGGCGGGUUCGUCACGUAUGACAACCCCGACACUGUGAAAAUUAAAGCUGUUUUCUGCAAGCAGAAGAGUCUUGGGGGGCUAUGCUACUGGAGCGCGCCUUCUGACGCCAAGGACUCCAAGAGGAGCCUGAUAACCGCGGGCUUUCGAGCGCUGCACAGCUCCUGAGGGUAAGAUCGGCGAUGAUACCCAAAGCACGGCAGAGACGGCAGUGCAGAGUACGAUAUCCGUGUCGACAUGAGCUUGGUUCUGGACC